AGCUCCGUUGGAUGGCCUUACUUCCCGACCGAAUCCACAAAGAACCAAAGACUUGCCCGCCCUCUAAUAUUAUCCCCCCACACCAUGUAUACAUAUUCCGCUGCCAUGUUCCUUACCAUACUAUCCCUAAUCUCACCGACCCUAUCAGCACACGCGCCAGAAUGGCGCCGCCGCUCCAUCUACCAAAUUGUAACAGACCGCUUUUCCCGCAGCGACAACUCGCUCACUGCGCCCUGCGAGACACAAGCCCGAGAAUACUGUGGAGGGUCGUGGAAAGGUAUCACGAAUCGCCUAGACUAUAUCGCGAACAUGGGCUUCAGCGCGAUCUGGAUUUCGCCUAUCGUCAAGCAGCUGGAGGGCUCCACAGGAUAUGGCGAAGCAUAUCACGGCUACUGGACGCGCGAUCUGUAUUCGCUCAAUCCGCAAUUCGGCACUCAACAAGACCUCAUGGAGCUGAUCGAUGCUGCCCACGCGCGGGACAUAUAUGUCAUGCUCGACGUCGUACUCAAUCACUUCGCCAGCCUUGGCCCGGAUGUCAAUUAUGCCGCGCUCAGGCCAUUCGAUAACGCCCGAUACUUCCACUCGGAAUGUGACAUCGAUUGGGGCAACCAGACCUCCAUCGAGGCUUGCUGGAUGGGUGAUAGUACCGUGAGGCUUCCGGACAUCAACACCGAGGACCCCGAUGUACAGACUACGCUCAAGCAAUACCUUUCGGAUCUGGUCACUAGCUGGAAGAUCGAUGGAAUCCGUCUUGAUGCCAGCAGAAACGUUGCGCAGCCUUCUUGGGCCGCGUUUUGCUCCGCGGCAAACGUGUACUGCCAGGGUGAAGUCUGGGUACGAGAGCCUUCCAUCAUAUGUCCAUAUCAGACCGUGAUGGACGGUCUGCAUAACUACCCGGCCAAGGAACUUGCCACAAUCGCAUUCGCCUCGUCAGGAAGCCUGAAUGACUUCAUCAGCGUGGUGCAGGCGAUGCAGACUCAGUGCAAGGAUGUAACUCUUUUCGGAUCCUUCAUGGAAAAUCACGACAACCCUCGACUAGGCAGCUUGACGACUGACAGAGGUCGUCUCACAAAUCUGGCCGUCAUCAAUGUCCUCUCGGACGGUAUUCCAAUCGUAUACUACGGCCAAGAGCAAGCUUUCACUGGCUCUGACGAUCCAAACAACCGUGAAGCGCUCUGGCUCUCGCAAUUCUCGACCUCAGGCAACCUCGUUCCGACCUUCAAGGCACUGAACAUCUUCCGCAACUACGUCGUCGCAAGUGGCGUUCCCUUCAUCUCUACCCUCUCGGUCUACAAGCUCAUCAACGACAACGUCAUGACGGCCCGCAAAGGAAGCCUCACACUCGUUCUCACCAACUCGGGCAGCAACAUCGUCAUCUCCUCUGAGGCAGACGGUUUCACACCUGCUGAAGACCUCGUCGACGUUCUCUCUUGCAAACACUUCCAGUCUGAUGUGACGGGCAAAGUUGACCUGAUACUCUCCGGAUACCCACUUGUGUUGUACCCUCGAGCCUUGCUGCUUACCUCUGGCAUAUGCUCCUUGUGA